ACGCCGUUUCCACGGUUUUAGCCGAUUUUUCUCGAAGUGCUUCGCCGCCGGUGGAGCUGCUCCCUUUAAACGGGCAGCUUCUCCGCAGUUUCCCACCCGCUCUUUGUCCGCCAGGCGACGCGUUUCUUUUUACGGUGAUGCCGCCCACGUUCAUGGGUGGUGUGUUUUGGCUCCUGUCGUAAUGUCGGCGCUCCGAAACUUGGACUGACACAGCCACACUGAACUAGGGAGCGGUGGCUGCUGGACUAAGGAGCGGGGAGUCCAGCGAGCAUCUCUCCCCCCCCCCCCCCCCCCCCACACACCCCGGCGGCGGGGAGCAUCACAUGUCUAAGCGGCGGAGCUUCAGCUGAGCUCCGGACUGACAUCAGUCCAGCGCCCUUGCCUGAAGCAUCCGGAGGACGCCAGAAACCGAAGCCCUUCUUCUCCGGGACAGAAAUGUCUGCUCUGUUAUUAGAAGACGCAGGCUGGCACCGAGGCGCAGCUGAGAAACGGUGAAUGCGGUGAAACUCUUGUCUCAACCCGCAAUGUCAUGGGUAUAUGGAAGAAACAACGGGCUCUUUCUGGCUCUCCUUCAACAGCCUUUUGAUUCAACGAGCUCCGCCUCCCAUUCUGCCUGAGGACCUCCGACCUUAACGACAAACGAUGACCUCCCCUGACUCGCCUCCCCUCAUCUCCCCCUCCCCGUGUCCGGCGCCACCCCCGUCCCUGCCCUCGUCCCCGGCUCCCUCCUCCCCGGCCCCGUCCUCCUCCUCCAUCCCGGCCCCGCCCUCGCUGCCUCCCACGGGCGAGGUGAUGGUGCUGGCUCUGGGCAGGAAGAAGCAGCGCGUGCUGAUCGCGCUCUCCAUCCUCCCCAACCUCUUCCUGGCCUUCCUGCUCUCCUCCGACCCCCUCAUCACGCUCUCGCCGCCGCACCACUGCCGCCUGCCGGGCCCGUCGCCCUCGCCGGAGGCGCUGAACGCCUCCCUGCCCUGGGAGAAGGGGGCGCGGCCCGGGGAGACCGGGGGCCCGUCCCAGUGUAAGCAGUACGCCAACGGCAGCCAGUCGGCCGCGGUGGACUGCGAGUCCGGGUGGGACUACAACGUGACGGAGGGGCUGAAGAACAACAUCGUCACCGAGUGGGAUCUGGUGUGUGGCCAGUACUGGCUGGUUCCGGUGGAGGAGGUGUGCUUCAUCCUGGGCGUUCUGACUGGAUGCCUCAGCCUGGGCUACACAGCUGACAGGCUGGGCAGGUCCAAGACCCUGCUGAUCUCUCUGACUCUGUCGGUGGUGUUUGGGGUGCUGGUGUGUGUCUCUCCGUACCCUUCCAUCUUCAUCGUCAUGCGCUUCUGCCUGGCUGCUGCCAGCGCAGGGGUCUACCUAACUCUGUACAUCGCCCGUCUGGAGCUGUGCGAGCCGUCGCUCAGGCUUGUGGCGACCAUGCUGGCUGGGUUCAUGUCCGUGGCAGGGGAGCUGCUGCUGCUGGCCGUGGCCCUCGGCUGCCAGUCCUGGAGGGGCCUGCUGGGAGCCGGGGUGGCCCCUUUGACACUCUUCCUCAGCUACGGUGUUCCCGGUGUGUUUCCAGAGUCCCCUCGCUGGCUCCUCCUGUCGGAGCGAUCCGCGGACAUGAACGCGUUCAGCGAGAGGAGGAACUCCAACAGGGACUUGAGGGACGACGAGAGCUUCACAGAGUUGGACUCGGAGCCGGCGCCCUCCUCCCGCCCCCACCUGUCCUUCCCCGAGCUUUUCCACAGCAAGAACAUCUGGAAGAACAUCUGCGUCCUCGGCUUCACCUCAUUCAUCUCUCAUGGCAUUAGUCACUGCUACAGCUCUUUCCGUGGUGACGUCAGAGGCACCGCCCCCAGCUUCUACUGGACGUACCUGCUGUCCGUGAGCGCUGGGGGCGGGGCCUGGGUGCUGCUCUGGGCGACAGUGGACAGGUGCGGUCGCCGUGGCAUCCUGCUCCUGUUCAUGACGACGACGGGCCUGGCCUCCUUGAUCCUCCUGGGACUCAUGGAGUAUCUCAGUGAGACGGCCAUCACGGUUUUCUCAGUGCUGGGUCUUUUCUCCUCCCAAGCCACUGCAUCGCUCUGCAUCCUCUUCACCGCAGAGAUCAUGCCCACCAUCAUCAGGGGCACCGGUGUGGGCGUGGUGCUCGCCCUGGGCUGCGUGGGCCGCCUCAGCUCCCCGAUCAUGGACCUGCGGAACCACUACGGCUACUUCCUGCACCACGUCAUCUACUCGUCCCUGGCGCUCCUGGCCGUGCUCUCCAUCCUGCUGCUGCCCGAGAGCAAGAGGAAGCCGCUGCCUCAGACGCUGGGCGACGGGGAGCAGUACAGGCGCCCCCCACUGGGCCGGAGGAGGAGGGACAACGUGCCGCUGCUGGCCACCCCAAACCCAGAGACCUAAAAGAAGGCCGCCGCAGCGGCGCCACGCAAACAGAUCCCCGUCUUUCGUGUUUGUUCACAGGACUAGAGAGAGACGUAGCAAUAUGGAGACAAACAGGAGGACGAAUGGAGAUGAAAAGGGCUGUAACGGACUUUAUGCUUCCUAACAUAUCACACUCUUUGUCAUUCCAGACGCAGACAGACUGCUUGAGCUGCCUCAGACUUCACAUCUCUCGGUUUUUUUCCCAAACACUUAGAUUUACUUCUGAACAUUAACAACAUCCACGCACAUUCAGGACGCUCUUCAUUUUCUGUCAUGAGACACACCAGCAUUCAGCUACACUUCUGCGUCUGUGUGUCUGUGGUAGAGCCUGCAUCCUAUAUAUAUAUA